AUGCACCUGUACAAUCAAUGUAAUCCUACCGCAUAGCGGCGCAUACUACCUGCUUCCAUUGGAGCCAACCCCAACUAAUAUUCUUCGAUAACCACUAUCUGGACUGUGACAGCAGCAUAAGAAGGUUGGCCGAGAGGACGAGGGCCAGCCAGCAGAGCUUUCUUACCAAGCUGGUAGACACCUCUCUCUCUCUCGUAGGCUCCUUCUGGUAGUUGGCCAGCGCCCCAACACUCAUCGUGGAUAGGAUGCGGCAGCCGGCAGUGCAAAUGGCGACCGUCGUACUGGCAGUCCUCGCCGUCGCGGCGGCCACGGCUGUUGCGGCUGACGGAGACGUCAAGUGCGCCGAGUGCGGGACUGGCACGGUGCCUGCGCUGCCUCCUCCUCCGCCGUACUACUACUACAGCCCGCCUCCCCCGGCGUCCUACCCUGGCGUGACCGGCUGCCCGCCGCCGCCAGGUGGCUACAUCUCGAUCGGGGGCUCGCCACCGGGCCGCAUGUACCCGCAGGACCCCGGCUUCAUGCCCUCCAGCGCGCCGCCGAUGCACGGGAGGAGCUUCGCCGCCGUCCCCUUCACGGUAUGCGCGCUCGCCGCGCUGGCCACCCUUCGAGCGUUUUGGUGAUCGACCGCAAGCAUCGCACGGCCGUCGUCGUCUCCGAUACGCCGCGACUCAAGGACGCGCCAAAGGCAUGCCGGCGGCGUUCCAUGUGUUCCCUGUGUAUGCAUUCACCUUCUAUUACUCUAAUAGUUCUUUCUCCGGGCCGUAUGGUUUAUAGUGCAAUGCACCCAUGUUUUUUCGAUUUUUGUUUCUUUCUACAGACCUUUCACCUGUAUACGGAGUAACAUAUAUUAGUUUCAGAUCAGUGGAACUAGAAGGUCAUUGCAGGUGUUAUUUA